CCGGAAUUGGCUUUUGUGUGGGUAGUCACUUGGAACCAAUUCUUCAAUGUCACGCACAUAUCUACUGAAUUAAAGAUUGGUAUGUAUUGGUUUACGAAACCAAAAGGCAAAACGAGUCAACCAACCAAACCUUUGAACGCUCAUGUAACAUGACAAGGUUCAACUUGAUUUCGUAGCUAUAAAACACUUUGGGAAACGGAGUUAUUAUCCAUUUUACAGUUUGGAUAUUUUGGUUUGAGGAGCUGGACUUUUUAGGAGUUAUUAUAUAUUUGAAGACAAUGGAGGUGAAAGUUGAACCUACACAGAAACUUCUGUCUGAUGACGGAAACAACCAUUUUGGAAACUAUGGUGCAGUUAAUGGAGUGCAUAGUGGUCACAAUGGUGUCGGGAUUGGUAGGAAACCAAGAUCGGACACGCAAUCCAACAAUGUCGUUUUGUCAUGUCAUGACAUCAACUACCUCGUGAAAACGAAAGUGAAGAAGCAGAAAGUGUUCAAGCCGAUUCUCAAUAAUAUCACUGCUGUGUUUGAGCCAGGCAUGAAUGCAAUCCUUGGGCCAACUGGAAGCGGCAAAACUUCACUGCUUGAUAUCCUCGCAAUGAGGAAGGAUCCCAAUGGAAUGUCUGGUCAGGUCUUGAUUGAUGGAGCAGUCCCACCCCCUGAUUUCAGACUCAUCUCUGGUUACGUCGUUCAGGAAGACAUUGUCAUGGGGACGCUCACUGUCCGCGAAAAUCUGACGUUUUCCGCGUCCGUGCGAUUUCGUAAGACGGUCAGCAAAGCCGACAAGAAGCGUCGUGUACAAGAGGUUAUUGAAGAGCUCUCCUUGCAGGAUUGUGCAGAAACUAAGAUUGGUAAUGUGUACAUUCGCGGUGUGUCUGGCGGUGAGCGGAAACGUACUAAUGUGGGCAUGGAACUCAUCACACGACCUAAUGUUCUGUUUCUAGACGAACCGACUACUGGACUUGAUGCAAGCACUGCUAAUUCAGUCAUUAUGCUUCUCUCUAAGCUAGCAGAGAGAGGGCGCACUAUUAUUCUCUCAAUCCAUCAGCCGAGAUAUUCAAUCUACCGCAUGUUUGACAAGUUACACCUCUUAAAUAAAGGCGAGACAGUCUACCACGGCAAAGCCAACAAGGCUCUGGACUAUUUCAAAUCUCUCGGUUACCAUUGCGAAGAGCAUAAUAACCCUCCUGACUUCUUUCUUGACGUCAUCAACGGUGACUCGUUUGCCAUUUCUUCAAUCGAUGAUGAAUUGGGGGCAGUGGAGGAGGGUAAACCCAAAACCGAGCCCGUACCACCCAAGGAUCUUGGGAAUUUCUUUCUGAAGACGCAGGCUUACAUGACAAUGAAGAGCAAAGCUGAUGAGAUAUAUGAAACAUUCUUGAAUGUGGAGGCAGUAGGAGGGGCAAAAGUCAGCUAUCCUACGUCAUUUCUGAGACAGCUGUUUUACGUCUCGGGAAGAGCGACUAAGAAUAUCUUGAGGAACCCGAAGAGCUCUUACAUGCAGGUGAUUGUACUUGCCUUUAUCGCAGUGAUCGUAGGUCUCAUCUAUUUCCAGAUUGACAAGUCAGCUUCCUCGGGAAUUCAAAACAGGGUGGGUGCUUUCUUCUUUGUCGUGACGAAUAUGAUCUUUGGUAAUGUCAGCGCUAAUGAAGUCUUCAUCGCAGAGAGAACGAUCUUCCUUCACGAGUCAGCGGGCGGUUUCUACCGGGUCUCAGUCUAUUUCUUCUCCAAGGUCUUCUGCGACCUCCUGCCCAUGCGCAUCGUACCGACGUUUCUGUUUGCCGCCAUUACUUAUUGGAUGAUCGGUUUCCGACCAGACGCAGCAGCCUCUUUCAUUUACGCACUGACUCUUAUUGCGACCGCUGUCUCAGCAAGUAGCCUUGCCUUCUUACUGGGUGCAUGCUUCAACAUCUUAGCCAUCGCAAACCUCAUGAUUGCAAUGGCUUAUGUCUUCAUGAUGAUCUUUGGUGGACUGCUGAUCAACAUCGCUUCCUUGCCUAGCUGGGUGCAGUAUUUACAAUACCUUAGUAUCAUUAGAUACGCCAUGAAUGCUCUGUCCAUCAACGAACUCAGAGACCAGGAAUUCUGCGAUCCACCUGUCGCCAAUACGACGCAAAAUUGCAUUGAAGGAAAUGACUACCUUGAGACUCAAGGAAUAAGUUUUACCGACUGGGCAAUGUGGGAGAACAUCGUUGCCAUGGGUGCGCUUACUGUCGUCUGUCUGUUCCUAACUUACGUCCGCUUGAGGAAUAUUCCAAGAUUUAAAUAAAGACAGGAAGAAAAGAUUUAUAUAUAUAUUCAGAUGAAGGGCCCUUUCCAAACCUCGGCUGGGGCUCCGGUGUGGCAGGGGAUUCUGCCACCCUCCUCCCCCCCCCCCCUCCAUAAUUAUAUGGCGAACUGUGUACAAACUUCUUCUGAUAGCGCCCUCUUUUGAAUAAUCAUCCUACAGCCCAUCUUGUUUUCCUAUGCGAAUGAUGCGAAUGAGGACAGAAUAAAGCGUCGGCCUCAAAAUAUUGAAUACAGACAGAUUUGAGAACCCAGAAAAAUGGAUACAGUGUAAAUAUUUUGCCCAUGAUGACGUGAGGGUUGUUUUCUUCCAACUUGAGAUGUUUUGGAUGACAUUAUCUGAAAUAAAUGUUAAUAUUAAUUUACGAGAGGUGUAAUUAGAGGGGCUAGGAGUAUAGUGGUUGAAAUACUUUUUUUUUCUUUUACUGUAAAAAACCUGUGGGACUUCAACAUAAUUCGUUUUGUAUUUUGAUACUUUUUAAUGAAUUUGCACUGUUUGCCAUGUCAGUUUGUAAUUAAUGAUAAAUUUUAUAAAUCGCCUGUUACAAAGUUUAAAAGCGCCAUUUUUUUUAUACCAUCUCUGAAUAAACAUAACAUUAUAAUUACUUAACUUAGCAUAAAAGCAAGUAAGUUUUUAACAUGGCUUUGAAUGAUUCAAGACAGGAUACAUGUCGGAUGUAAAGAGGUAGAUUGUUCCAUAAUGUUGGUUGUUGGUUGUGUUUUUUUUACCCAUAAAAACCGGCUGCAGUGCAGAGCAUAAUAUAAGCCGAGACUUGGAAAGAGUACCAAAACUUUGAUGUUUUACCGAAAGUUUUAGGGACAGUUCGUUAAUACUAACGCUUACAUUAUAAGGAUUAUUAAAUUUAGUUUUCAAUACCUUUUAGAAAUGUCUUAAUAAAAUAAUUCUCAUGACUCUACUGCCAAUCAGUAGUGUCGGUAUGCAUUCAUGGAGGUGAUAAUUUGCGUCAUGAAAAAGGCUGCCAAUGUUCACGUGUGUUUGUUAGCAGGCACCCUGUGUAUGUGAAUUUAAGGGCGAGAAGAUGAUUAUUUGGGCCUACCCACUUUUUGAAAAUCGUACAUUUUGUUUGUAUCAAUGUUCAAACAAGAAUUAAAAAUAACUGAAA